AGAAGAAGAAGAAGAAGAAGAAGAGAGGACAAUGGGAAGCACCGGCGCCGUAGGAGCGGCUCAAAUUCCGACGAGCUUCGGCCACGAGCUCCGAGCAUGCCUUCGCUGCCGUCUCGUCAAGACCUACGAUCAGUUCAGGGAGUCGGGGUGCGAGAACUGCCCGAUCUUCAAGAUGGAUGAAGAUCAUGAACGCGUUGUAGACUGUACUACUCCUAAUUUCACUGGGAUUAUCUCUGUCAUGGACCCUACUCGGAGUUGGGCUGCUCGUUGGCUCCGCAUUGGAAAAUUUGUCCCAGGAUGCUACACUCUUGCAGUCUCAGAAGCACUUCCAGAAGACUUACAGACUCUGUGUGAAGAUGAACGGGUGCCAUACGUCGCACCAAAACGAGUAUGACUGUUGCAGAACUACCAUAGCUCCAAAGAAGUCCUCUGGAAAGAAGUUAUAUUAGUGUAUCUUGGCGCAUCAUUGCUGGGUACUUUAGUGUGAUCAUUGUAUAUCCUGUUUCUAGGAAGUAAACUGGAAUUAUGUGAAUAUGUUAUCUACCUUGAAGUAUUUUAAGAAGACCUAAUUGAACUUGUCUUGAUUUUUGUUACUUGCAUGUAUACUUGCAAAGCUUUGAGGCAUUUUGAGCCUUAGCUGAAAAAGGGUUCAGUAAUUUUCUUCUUGAGAUUA